CAAACGAAGCCUAAAAAAAGUGAAAUAAGAAUGGCACAUGCGCACCCAUUCCUCCUUCUGAAGUAACGGACCGCAAACCACGGUGGUGAGACGGUGACAGUUUGCGUCGGUCUCUCCCACUCACACUCUUUCAUUUCGUCUCUAGCAAGCAAAAUUCAUACCAUGGACUUCGCCACCACACUUCACUGCUCUUCACUAGUCCUCAUCAUCAUCUCAGGAUUUUUGUUUCCGGCGAUGGUUUCUUCUAUCGGAAUAAAUUACGGUCAGAUCGCCAACAAUCUCCCGUCACCGGAAAAUGUCAUUCCGCUUAUUCGAUCGAUCGGUGCUAGCAAAGUCAAGCUCUACGACGCAGAUCCACGAGUCCUUCGUGCAUUUGCCAACACCGGAGUCGAAUUCAUCAUUGGACUCAGCAACCAGGACUUAGUGAGGAUGAGAGAUCCACAACAAGCUCUAGCUUGGGUGAAGACAAACGUUAAUGAAUUCUUGCCGGAAACGAAAAUCACCUGCAUCACCGUCGGAAAUGAAAUUUUGACAUUCAACGACACUUCUCUUAGCAGUAGCCUCCUUCCGGCUAUGCAGGGCGUACACACUGCUCUGGUGAACCUAGGGAUAGACAAGCAAGUCACCGUCACAACUCCACAUUCACUAGCUGUGAUGGAGACUUCGUAUCCGCCGUCGGCCGGAGCUUUCCGCCGAGAUCUGACGCCGUACAUCACUCAGAUAUUGAAUUUCCAUGCCAAAACCAACUCGCCUUUCCUCAUCAAUGCCUAUCCCUUCUUCGCAUACAAGGCCAAUCCGAAGCAAGUACCGAUCGACUUCGUCCUGUUUCAGCCUAAUUCAGGCGUUGUAGAUCCGGUAUCGAAUCUUCACUACGACAACAUGUUAUUCGCUCAGAUCGACGCCGUCUACUCUGCUCUCGCUUCGUCAGGGUUCAAAAAGCUUCCGGUGUGGAUCUCGGAGACCGGAUGGCCUUCCAAGGGAGACGAAGACGAAGUCGGAGCGACGCCGGAGAACGCGAAGAAGUACAAUGGCAAUCUGAUGAAGCUGAUUUCUCAGAAGAAGGGGACGCCGUUGAGGCCGAGCUCAGAUCUGAACAUCUACGUGUUUGCUCUGUUCAACGAGAACAUGAAACCUGGACCGACUUCGGAGAGAAAUUACGGUCUGUUCAAGCCUGACGGAACGUUGGCGUACCCGCUCGGGCUCUCCACAACCAACAUACUAGGGAACACGAGCUCUAAUAGUUCUAAUGCAAGUUCCGGGAAUUCAACGCCGGCGAGCUCGUCGACGGGUUAUUUAUCUAUUUCUUCUGCGUCGGGAAAAUUACAAUCUGCAAGCAUUUCGUUGUUUUCGAGCCUUGUGGGGUUGUUGAUGACAUUGCAUUUAUAUAGAUCUGAAUAGUUUUGGAAUUGAAAGGGCUUCAAAUCUACAUGAGCUUUAGACGGUCACACACAGUAAUUAUAGGAGAGAGAGAGAGAAAAGGAGCUUCAGAGACAAGAAAAAGGGGUUAUGUCAACGAUGGUGUUAAUUUUAAGAUGCUGUGUGGUAAUAGGGAUAGGGAAUCAUUUAAAUAUAAUUUACUGAUCAUGUAAGGAAGACUAUGGAUGAGACAUCAUUUGAUUUAGAUUUAUUUGUAUCCCCAUUCGUUUUUGUGUAGCGGAUAAGUUAUUGUUAUAAUGAUAUGGUGUGUACUACUA